UGUGGGCUUCCGACUUUCGGCUGCCACCGCACUGCUUGGCUCCCGGGUCUCGUCCCGGGGGCCCCUUCCUUCGCCUGCCAUGACCCUGGAAUCGGUCCGCUAUUCCCGCGGCUCUCUGCUCGUCCUGGACCAGCUGCUGUUGCCCCAAGAGUGCCGCUAUGAGGCCGUGACGUCCGUGCGCCAGGCCUGGGAGGCCAUCAGGGCCAUGAAGGUGCGGGGCGCCCCAGCAAUUGCCAUAGUGGGCUGCCUGAGCCUGGCCGUGGAGCUGCAGGCCGGAGCAGGGGGACCCGGGCUUGAGGCCCUGGUGACCUUUGUGCAGGACUCACUGAAUGACCUGGUGACCGCCAGGCCAACGGCCGUCAACAUGGCUCAGGCUGCUCGGGAGAUGUCCGAGGUGGCCACCCGGGAGGCUGGACGAGAAGGAGCCACAGAGGGUGCAGUCCGAGAAAGGUUGAUCUGCUGGGCAGAGCACAUGCUGGAGAAAGACAUCAAAGACAACCAGAACAUUGGGGACCUUGGGGCCCAGCACCUUCUGGAGCGGGUGGCACCUGGGGGUGGCCAGGUGACUGUGCUGACUCAUUGCAACACUGGCUCAUUGGCCACUGCAGGCUAUGGAACAGCCCUAGGUGUGAUCAGAUCUCUCCAUGCCCUGGGCCGCCUGAAGCACGUGUUCUGCACAGAGACACGGCCCAACAACCAGGGUGCCCGCCUGACAGCCUAUGAGCUGGUGUAUGAGGAUAUCCCUGCCACCCUCAUCACCGACAGCAUGGGAGCUGCCGCCAUGGCCCACAAGGAUGUGAAAGCUGUCAUCGUGGGAGCAGACCGGGUGGUCGCCAAUGGGGACACUGCCAACAAAGUGGGAACAUACCAGCUGGCCAUCACAGCCAAGUACCAUGGGAUCCCUUUCUACGUGGCUGCCCCUGUUUCCUCUUGUGAUCUGAGCUUGAAGACAGGUCAGGAAAUUGUCAUCGAAGAGCGGCCAAGCCAGGAGCUGACCAGCCUCGGGGGAACCCGUAUUGCUGCCCCAGGUAUUGGAGUGUGGAACCCAUCCUUCGACGUCACCCCUCAUGAGCUCAUCACUGGCGGCAUCAUCACUGAGCGUGGAGUCUUCUCUCCCAAGGAACUCCAGAUAGCCCUGACCUCCUGAUUGGACUCAGACUCCCAAGGCUCUCUUCCUCUACCUCCCAAUUUGAUUAUAAGAGUUUUGAGAGUGCUUUCCUGUCUAUUUAAAUGUCCCUGUCCCAAGCACAGUGCCUUGCUUAAUAAAUAUCUGUUGGAUUAAAUGUCCUGUCAAAAAAGUCAA